CAUUUUCUUUUCUUUCUUUUCAAUGCUUCAUCGUCUUCCACUGCAUUUGUUAGCAACUAUAUAUGCAUAUAUACAUACACAUAUAUACAUAGUACAUAUUGCAUAUACUGUACCUUUGAUUAUGUUUCUCACCAAAAACUUUCAACCAAAGCUUGAGAGCCACUUUGGAAUGUUUUGCCUCUGAGACUUACUGACCUGAUUGGCUGGUUUCUGUUAUAAAUAAAAACCGUAGAAGAGAUGCCUAUUUAUGAGCAUGAAUCCGAUUUUGUUCGGUGGGGUCUUGGUCUAUUUAACAUUGAUGAUGAUCCGGUCCUAAAUUAUGGAUAUUACGGUGAUGACAUCUACCGCAGACAGUCUUAUGGGGCUCAUUAUGAUAUAGAGCAUAACAAUGUUGAGAAUGAUGAGAUCAUUGCGCAUACUCUUCAAGAAGAAUUUUCGCGUCUUGAUGUCGCGGAAUCCUCUGGAUACUCGCAUGGAGGAGGGGAGCAGUUACAAGCGCCCACUCUCGUGCACGCUUGGCAGAGUCCACAGAGGAAUUAUCCUUCCGGGGAUUAUGGGCAUGGAGAAAGUGCGGUGCCUUCUAGUUCAUGUUCUAGCCCCGGUGAUCAAGAUGAGUAUUUGCACUCUCUUGAGUUAACUGAUGAAUAUGAACAAGAUGAUGGAGUCUACUGGAAAUUUGAUCAGAUGGUCCCGUGUCCUCAUAUUCCUAGGAUUAAUGGGGAAAUUCCUUCAAUUGAUGAAGCGACUUCAGACCAUCAACGACUGCUCGACAGAUUGGAAUCGCUUGGCUUUAUUGAACACAAGGUUCAAGGGGAUGGAAACUGUCAGUUUCGUGCUCUCGCGGAUCAAUUGUAUGACACGCCUGAGAAUCACAAGAAUGUGCGACGUCAAAUCGUGAAUCAGCUCAAGUCUCAUCCAGAGAUCUAUGAGGGUUAUGUUCCUAUGGGAUAUGAUGACUAUUUGGAGAAGAUGUCCAGGAGCGGCGAAUGGGGUGAUCAUGUCACAUUGCAAGCAGCUGCUGAUGUGUAUGGUGUUAAAAUUAUUGUCAUGACUUCCUUCAAAGACACCUCUUGUAUAGAGAUUCUUCCCAAAUUCCAGAAGCCAAAACAAGUAAUUUGUUUGAGCUUUUGGGCAGAGGUGCAUUACAACUCAAUUUAUCCUCAGGUUCAAGGAGGAGAUACAUCAUCAGGCGAGUGUAGAAAGAGGAGAAAAUGGUGGAUUUUUGGCAAUAAGCAUUAGAAAUUCUGGCCUGCAUUGAAUGAGUUUCAAGUCUGCAUUAUCCCUUUGUAAAAACUUAUUAGCAUUCUUUUUUUCCCCAUAUUUCCCCCUUCUUGAAUUUUCUUUGUAUUAUCUUCAAAAUGGCAUGCUAAUGUUGGAUAUACACAUAUAUAUUUUUAUUAAAGUAAUUACAAAAUGAUGUUCCAUUUACACA